CAAACCAUCGUCGUUGUUUGGACUCGAGUUGCCCGCGCAAGCUGGUCUGUCAUGCAGACAAAAUUGCUGGUCUUGGGGUUCAGCCUCUUUGCCAUUCAUUCCACAAAGUUACCUGCUAGAUCUGGAUAUCCGCGUAUCUGCAGUCUCGCGGAAUCAAACGGCGACAGAUAAGCUCGUCGAGGUCAGCCCUGGGGGCGUAUGUAAGUUUCGUAUUUCAUGGGCGUCCACGUUUCCCCGUUCACUCAUCAUCCAGGAUCAGUUUGUUAAACUAUUCUCACAGUUGAGCUCUGCGUGUCUCUUCCGCCAUGCAUCCGCCAUUACCGGCCCUCGGAUUGGUCUUGCUCGUCGUUUGUACGUCGAAAUUCUCGGUUGAGGCAAAGGCCAACUGUAACAGCGAUGCACCAGACGACUCGGACACUGCGCGUCUACGAAGGCGUUUGUUAUGCAAUUACGACAAAACCGUUCGUCCGACCGACAAUCACACCUCGACAACCUCGGUGCUCGUCACCCUCUUUCCGCAAUCCAUCGACUUCUAUGAUCGUGGAAAUAUCCUGAAGCUUCACGCUUGGAUGUCAUUGGAGUGGUAUGACGACUAUCUGAGUUGGAAACGUGCGGAUUUCGGAGAUUUAAAAUUCAUGCCAGUUAGAAGUGAUGAAAUUUGGAUGCCGCCAUUAUCGAUCUACAACUCCGUGGAGAUGGGCAACGACGGAAUUCACACAACAAACUGCUUGGUACAUUUUAUGGGAGCAGUUGUCUGUGUCCCAAUGGUCCAAUAUUCGGUGAGUUGCGUUUCGAACUACCAGGACUGGCCGUUUGACAGGCACAAUUGUACAAUUCUUCUCGGUUCCUGGACGCAUAAAAAAGAGGAAAUAAAUUACCACACCAUGGAGAAGGAGAUUUACAUGCAUCCAGCAAAGAUCUUAUUCGAUUUCGUACCCAGUUCUGAGUGGAGAUUACUGUCACUUACCACUGACACUAGAAUUGACGGACUCACGGAAUCCAAUUACACAUUUCCAACGAUAAUGUAUAACGUCAUCAUUGAACGACACUCGAAUUUGAUGCAGGUCACUAUAAUCGCACCAGCAGUUCUGCUAAUCAUUGUGACUUUAACUGUGCUCUGGUUGAAUCCAAACUACCCAGAACGAUUGAUAGUGGCAGUCCUCAACCUGAUCUGCCAUUUAAUCUGUAUCUCGGACGUGAUUUGGCAAGUGCCUUUCAACGGUUCGAGCACGCCCUCGAUACUCUUCUUCCAUCAGAGCUCGAUGAUCGCAGCCACCUUCGCCCUCUUAUUGACCGUCGUCCUGCGCCAGCUUGGAGAAAUAUCGGCCAGCACUCCUGUCUGGUUGGAAACCACGACAUCCACCAUCCUGGAAAGCAGGGCUGGCCAGUUGAUCCUGCUGACGAUUUUGAGACCUAAAGCUUCCAGGUCACUUGGAGCGGAGGAGGCCAAUGCAGGAUCUGCAGACGCCAAGGUUUUUUCGGACAACGUCUACUCCGAGAAGUCAAACGUGUGGCAAAAUCUCGCCACUAUUCUAGACCGACUGUCUUUUAUCAUCGUGCUGUUUACCUACCUUAUCAUGAUUUGCGUUCUCGCUCCUAGAAACGACAUUCUGAGCGUUCCUGAAAUGACGCCUUCGUGAUCGUUCCUCAAAACCAGGGCGGCAUUUUGUUAUCCAGUUUUGCUUGUACUGGAAAUAAGAUGAAGAGAAAAAUUUUGUGUUUUGAAAAUUACUUGGUACAAUUUACAACCCAUAUUUAAUUUGCAAUGCCGCAACUGUUACGAGGUCGAAACUGACCCUCUGAAUUUAUUUAUUCGUACUUAUGUCAUUUAUUCUUCAUGCAGCCUUUUUUUCAAGAAUCGUCGGUAUUCUUUGGUUAUUUUAUCUGAAAUAUAUGCUAAAUCCAAGAGUCACUGCAAUCGCAAGUGAAGCAUUUUUCAACAAUUUGAAAAAACAAUCUUUAAGGCUACAAAGAAAAAAAAUUGUCUCAAUUUCGUGCACGCCUGCAGUUAAGGGCUUAAAAUGAAAUAUUUCACUCACAUAUGUAGUGUGCUUCACAUACGAUAUGUAUGCAAUUAUACAUAAGUAUAUACAAUAAAGUCGUAUUGCUACAAAUUCCGGGGUGCCGAUAACUGCGAUCGGUAAUAAAUUUGCACGAUGGCGGAACAAUCGCCUUCCGGAUCUCCGAUAUUAUAGAACCAAA